GAGGUCCACGGCCCUGCCCCCAGAGGCAGCGGGGCGGGGCUAGCGCAGCGACGCCGCGAGGCGGGCGGGAAGCAGGAAGGGCUGGCCGCAGGGUUACUGGGCGGAGAGGAGUCGGCGACUGCUGCAGCGGCCCGCGCCAUGUCCGCGCGCAACCGGGGCACGGAGCUGGACCUUAGCUGGAUCUCCAAAGUACAGGUGAAUCAACCCGCAGUUCUGAGGCGUGCAGAACAAAUCCAGGCUCGCAGAACCGUGAAGAAGGAGUGGCAGGCUGCUUGGCUCCUGAAAGCUGUUACCUUUAUAGAUCUUACUACACUUGCAGGCGAUGACACAUCUUCCAACGUUCAAAGGCUCUGUUAUAAAGCCAAGUAUCCAAUCCGGGAAGAUCUCUUAAAAACUUUAAACAUGCAUGAUAAAGGCCUCACGACCGCGGCCGUUUGUGUUUAUCCUGCGAGGGUGUGUGAUGCAGUUAAAGCGCUGAAGGCCGCAGGCUGUACCAUCCCCGUGGCUUCAGUGGCCACUGGCUUUCCAGCUGGACAGACGCGUUUAAAAACACGAUUAGAAGAGAUCAGAUUGGCUGUGGAAGAUGGAGCUACGGAAAUCGAUGUGGUGAUUAACAGGACAUUGGUGCUGACGGGCCAGUGGGAAGCCCUGUAUGAUGAGAUCCGUCAGUUUCGCAAGGCCUGUGGGGAGGCUCAUCUGAAAACCAUCUUAGCAACAGGAGAACUUGGAUCUCUUACUAAUGUCUAUAAAGCCAGUAUGAUAGCAAUGAUGGCAGGAUCAGAUUUUAUUAAGACCUCUACUGGAAAAGAAACAGUAAAUGCCACUUUCCCGGUAGCAAUAGUAAUGCUACGGGCCAUUAGAGAUUUCUUCUGGAAAACUGGAAACAAGGUAGGCUUUAAACCAGCAGGAGGCAUCCGCAAUGCCAAGGAUUCCCUUGCUUGGCUCUCUCUCGUGAAGGAAGAGCUGGGCGAUGAAUGGCUGAUGCCAGAACUCUUUCGAAUAGGCGCCAGUACGCUGCUUUCGGACAUUGAGAGACAGAUUUACCAUCACGUGACUGGAAGAUAUGCGGCCUAUCAUGAUCUUCCGAUGUCUUAAAUCAGUGAGCAGUUCCAGGAGAGUUCUUUAUAGCAAUGUUUAAAAUGUGUUUUUCUAUGUAAUUGCGAAAAUUGUUUGAUUAAAAUGUGAGAGAAUGGAUAGGUAACUGAUUUUUUUCCCUUAAAACUUUCACUGAAUUUAAUUCAAAGAGUGAAAGGAAAAAAAAAACAACUAAUCCGUACAUGGUAUUCUUUUUAGGCAGCACUGAAGUAGUCCUAAUUACUUGAAGAUCUGUAUUGUUAAUUUUGUGAAUAUUUUCUCUUAAAAAUUUGGAGUGAAAUAUUAACGAGAGCUUUGACAACAUUAAAUUCUAAGGAGAAAAAAAUGUUAAACUGCCCAAGAAACGUGCCUUAGCGAAAGAAAACGCAGCAUCCUGAGCUGUUGGCCGUACUCUAAUGACUUCAGGAGUCACUGACUUGGCACUAAUUUCCUGCCAAGAAAAUCUGUCUUUUGAUUUUUGCAACAGAUAUACUCUUUUAUUAAUUGUUUUGCUAAUGGAACCUCUGUCAUUGUUUCAUGAUAUUAUGGCUAUUGCAUUUUUAAAAUAAAAAAUCCCUGUAGUUUAUUUUUUUGAAAAAAAAAAACAACUUUGAAUUGUAACAAUACCUACUAAAAAAUGAAUCCAUUAAACAUAGAGAUUUUA